UGCAACAGUUGGCGCGAGUGCGAUAAACGUCCCAGACGAUUCGAGUGGUAGUUGAAUUGUAUUGAGAUUUUUCUCGAAGUGUAUUAUGUCGCUCUACAAUGCAGUUGGGUAUAUGCAAUUCAAUAAAGAGCAUAAUACUUUUACGUGGAAAAUAAGCAAUUACAAAAGUAUUUCGAAAAAAGGAAUCAUAAAUUCUCCCAUAUUUUAUGUCAAUACGGAUGACAAACGAAUGUUUCAAUUGCAGCUCGGCAAACAAAAAGCUCUUCAUCCUGUGUACAUAAGUAGAAAGUAUUUGUUAAUAUUCGUCGGAAAUUCGAGUCAAGAAUUGGUCAAAAUACAUUCUCUAAGAAUUAUAACGCAAAAGUGGUUUUCGAUAUUGGCUCAUCAGAUUUUCGUAAAUUUAUUUCAUCCGAUGGUACUUUAGGUUUUUGCUGUGAAUUAUCAGUCACCACGGGAGAUCAAUUGAAUAUGAAUAAAGUGAUGGUACCAAAUUUAAAAUUCGACUGGGUGUUUUUGGAUGAAAAUUUGAGUGAUAUCAAACUGCGGACUGCGUCUGGGAAGGAAAUUCCUGCACAUAAACUCAUGCUAGCAACUGCCAGUCCAGUGUUCAAAGCAAUGUUUACCCUCGAUAUGUUGGAGAAGAAAAGUCAAUCGGUAAACAUGAUCGAUAUCAGUUAUGAAGCUGCGAUUGAGAUGCUACGAUACAUCUACACGGGUAGCAUUGAAAAUGGUGAAUAUUCAUUGGCUAUUGAACUUUUGCUGGCCGGUGACAAGUAUCAGCUCGAAGGGUUGAAAAAUAAGUGCGAGAAAAUAUUGAGCUUGGAGCUAUCCUCGGAAAAUGCUGUAGAUAUUUUGAAAGUUGCCGAUAAAUGUAACAUGUCGAGUUUGAAAAAAAAUGCAGUCGAUUUUAUCAAACAGUACAUGAGCGUAUCUUCCGACUCUAAUGAUGUAGGUAAUAUGAUCCUCAGCAUGGAACGACUUUUUGCUAAAUAA